AUGACGCUUAUCAUUGCCUCUUUGUUUCUACCACACCAGCCACAAUUUGAGUUAAAUGUCCAACAAGGUGAUGGUUCUGAAUUGGUUGAUUCAAAUUUAGUCAAAGUCAAUAACCAGUCUACUGAACAAUUAAAGAAGCACAGAAAUGGAUCUGUGAAUUCGAAUACGACACCAUUUAGCGGUGCUAACGCAUCUCAGGAGGCUUUAGGGUCAUCAGAAUCUGACCAAAGUCCUCAGUCGGCUCAGUACAGUUUGGAAGGGCCUAUGAGUUCUGAGAAGUUCAUGCAGAGUUUGACUGCUAAUGCUACUGCUUCUCAAUCACCAGCAAAUCCUGCUGUAGGGAACAGAGCACAUUCUGCGGAAGCAUUUUUCAAUAACCCAGUUAAUGAACAAAGAGUGACCUCUGGUGGCUCUUCAAUACCAGAGACUCCAGAUUCGGCUGCACAACAACCAAUUAGUUCUCAUGAUUCUACUGCCAACCUUUUGAGAAAUGUCAAUAAAUCCCUUUUACACCAGUCAGUACUCAAUAAUGCUAAUACUUCGCAAUUUUGUGCUGAAGGUGCUUCUAAACAACCUACUGGUAAUUCCAACAGUACCGUCGUCACCCCUAAAUCAAGAUCUGUGCCUUCUGUGAAUAAUGCUGUGGUUAAUUUUGCCAAAGUGAAGAGGCAACAACAGAAUGCAACUUUACCUUCGAUGAGAAGAGUUCCGGCAAGAUCAUCAGGUGGACCUCCAGCACCUUCUAAUUUGAAAUUCUCUCAGAUGGCAGGUACCGAUUCACAUGAGCAUGCAGUAUUGGGUUCAGACUCAGAAGAAGAUGACAACGUUGAAAAUAGUGAUUCUGAUUUGGAGGCAGAUGGCAAUCACGAAUACUAUGUGCCCAAGUUUGGUGGGUAUUCAAACGAUGCGAAGAUAAGAAGUUCGAUUUUGAAAACUUCUCAAGAAUUAUUUUCAAAGAUCCCUUGGAAGAUUGUUCCCAGUGAUAAAGGCAACGGUGCACUAAAAAAUGCCAUCUUCACAGCAGUUAGGGAGAGACUAAUUAAGGAUCCAGUUAGAUUCGUGGGUACAGCAGGUAUCCCCACAGAUGAAAUUCCCAAAGAUAUUUCGGCAAAGAUUGUUGAAAAAUUGGAAGAUGAGUAUUCGUCUUCAACUGUGAUUGCAGAUGACGUUACGUUCAAGGGUGCUUAUAAGAACUUCUGUAAACAAAUCUUAUGGCCCACUUUACAUUACGAAAUUCCAGAUAAUCCCAACUCCAAGGCAUUUGAAAACCACUCUUGGAGUUAUUACCAGAGGUUGAACCAAUUGUUUGCCGACAAAAUCGUUAGCGUUUAUAAAGAAGGUGAUACUAUAUGGAUUCAUGACUAUCAUCUGUUGUUAGUGCCAGAGAUGGUCAGAAAAGAGCUUCCACAUGCUAAGAUUGGCUUCUUCCUUCAUGUUUCUUUCCCCAGUAGUGAGGUGUUUAGAUGCCUUGCUCAAAGAGAAAAGAUACUAAUGGGUCUAUUAGGUGCCAAUUUUAUUGGGUUUCAGACUAAGGAAUACGCUAGACACUUUUUACAGACUUCAAACAGAUUGUUGAUGACGGAUAUCAGUGAAACGGAGGCAAAAUACAGAGGUAAGAUUGUUGCCGUUAAGUCUACCCCAGUAGGUAUAGAUUUUUUCGAUUUGAACUCCCAAUUAAGAAAUGAAAGGGUAUUACAAUGGCGUCAAUUGAUUAGAAACCGUUGGAAGAACAAGAAGUUGAUUGUUUGUCGUGAUCAAUUCGAUCGUAUUAGAGGGUUGGAGAAGAAAAUGCUUGCCUAUGAGAGGUUCCUCAAGGAAAAUCCUGAAUACGUGGAACAAGUCGUUUUGAUUCAAAUUACCAUGGGCGCUGAGAAGGAUUCUAUUUCUGAACGUAAUAUUAUGCUUGUCGUUGAUAGGAUUAAUUCGUUAUCACCAAACGUAAGUGACUCACAACCAGUGGUAUUCCUUCACCAAGAUUUGGAUUUUGCUCAAUACCUGGCGUUAUCUGCAGAAGCUGAUGCUUUUAUGGUAAAUCCUUUACGUGGUGGUAUGAACUUGACUUGUCAUGAAUUUGCCUCCUGUUCGGAGGAUAAGAACUCACCGCUAUUAUUAUCAGAAUUUACCGGAAGUGCCAACGUUCUGCGGGGAGCUAUCUUGGUGAACCCUUGGGAUAUUAAGACCGUUGCCCAAUGCAUUAAGAAGGCACUAGAGAUGCCACUCUAUCAAAAAAGACAAAACUGGAAGAAAAUGGUCAAAAGUAUUAUUGAGAAUGAUUCCGACAACUGGAUUACCACAUCUCUACAGGAAAUCAAUUUCGCCUGGGAAUUUAAUAAGGAGAGAUCAACGGUGCUUAAGCUGCUACCAGAUCAAAUCAAGAAAGAUUACCAAGCAUCCAAAAAGCACAUCUUCUUUUUCAAAAUUUCUGAGCCACCAACUCCAAAGACACUUUCCACUUUACAUGAUUUAGCAUCUAAACAUUACGUUUACGUGUUGAACUCCUUUUCUAAGGCCACUUUAGAAAAUUUGUACAACCGUGUACCUGGCCUUGGUCUCAUGGCAGAAAAUGGUGCAUAUGUUAAAGUAAACGGUCUUUGGUACACAAUUGCAGAUGAAACGGAUUGGAUAGACGAUGUGGUUAAAAUUCUAGACGACAAGAUGGAAAGAUUACCAGGUUCUUAUUACAAGAUUUCGGAUUCUAUGGUUAGAUUCCAUACAGAAAAUGCAGAGGACAGAGAUCGUGUUGUAGGUGUUGUUGGUGAAGCCAUUACUCACAUCAACACCAUUUUUGAUGGACGUGGUAUUCAUGCUUAUAUCCACAAGAAUAUUAUGUUUGUUCAACAAUUGAAUCUUUCACUAAGUGCCGCUCAAUUCGUGCUCAAAUUUCACAGAAGCAAAACUGAUCCAAGCUCAUCCUCACCUGUGACACCUACAGAUAUAGCAGCUUCUCCAUCCCCUUCACAUUUGGGCUCAAAUGAUAAUAGUGGCAGCAACAGUUAUUUCACCUUCCCUGCGAAAUCUUCACAACACCAUUUAGAUUUUGCCUGCGUCACUGGUUCUUCGUCACCAGUGUUAGAGCCUUUAUUCCAGCUCAUAAGAGAGGAGGUAAAACGUGGUUUCCUCCGCUACGGUUACACAAUUGUUUAUGGUAAUGCUACUUCUACUUAUGCCAAGGAGCACGUUGAUGGUCUCAACGAACUUCUAUCUAUCCUCGAAGGCAUCAACCGGAAAUCUUUAUAA